UUUCUGAUACUUCUUGUUUCGUGUACAGAGAAUGCCUUGAAUACAUUGGUUACGAAUCAAUCAGAAGAACGGGUUGGUUUCAGCAAUUUAUUUAGCACCUCCGGCUAUCCAGAAGUUGGUGACAUACCAAUGUUAAACAGAAAAAUCUUCAAAGGCACUCGCGUGACGAUACGGGAACACCCUUACUUGGCCAGCAUCCGGAGGAACUACGUCCAUUUCCUCACGGCUACCUUACUCACCAGCAACACAGCCGUCACCGUGGCCCAUCCCUUGCAUAGAUCAGCAGUUAAACCAAUAUCGUUGGCAAGAAUUGAUGUUCUACUGGAAAAACAAACCAAGGUUUUUGUUACUGGUUGGGGCCGAUGCGAUUUUACGGGUAAGGAGUUAUGUUUGCCUCGGUCCUCGAUAUAUUUCCCCGACGAGCCAGUGGACCCGAUGUUACGAACAAUAUCCUUUAUUCAUUCCAAACCAACCAAAUAUUGCGAUAGCUACCGAUUACGCGAGAACACAAUAGACGACAAAAUGAUGUGCGCCGGUGUUGGUCGGGAGACGGACGUGAUGGCGCCAUGCCUGGCGGUACCUGGCGCACCCCUCGUCGCUGAUGGCCAGAUCAUCGCCGUGUUGUCCUGGGGUUUUGGUUGUGGCUACCUGCACGACUUACCCCUAGUGUAUACCAACCUGGUGAAACACUCCUCUUGGUUGUCACAUAACAUUAAAAUGAUGAAUAAUCUGACGAUGUUACAUUUGGGAAACUUGUUCGUAGCUACGAGAGCGUAUAGACUAUCAAAGUGGCUGGAAAAAACAAGAGUCAUUAAGCCUCUGGUCCGCUUGGAAGUGGGCAAAGAAUUAAAAGCUUCAGAAAUGGACGAACAAUUGGCUAAACUACUAGGAAAAGUAUAUGAUGUCAGAGAUUUCUUGUUCGGUGGGAUAUAUCACGUGAAGAAAAAAACUCUUCUUAAAGAACUACAGAAGAAAGAUGGAGGUCAAGAAAAUUUACCGCUUAAUGGUGAAGAGGGAGCAUCUAGUGGGUUUGGCAUACCCGAUGAUAUCCUAGCUAAAGUUGAUGAAAUUCUGGAAAGUGGUAUUGUGAUAGAAGCAACGAAUAGAAGCGAGAGUGACGGCCUCCAUGAUCAAUAUUAACUUAUUCCUGAGUGUACUAUUAUUCUUAUAUCACACUUUGUCUUGCUUUAAUUGUUUUCAGCAUGUGAAUAAAUUCAAAUGUACUUGCGUUGA